AUCCUCGAUUUCGCCGGCUUUUGGCCCCAAGGCAAACAUCACGUAUACGCCCUGUCGUUUUUCCCGUUGCCCUUUUUCGCUCACGCCGCCUGCAGUUUCGCUAUUUUCCGCGUAAUUGUGCGUGCCAGCAAGGACAACAAAGAGACCAGAAGCAGACGGGACCAAAGGACCUCCACAAACCCAUCGUUUGGCCUGUCUAGCAUUCACACCCCGGACAGUGGAAUUGGCCAACUGCGUGGAUGGUGGGACCUUUGCCGGACACUGAUGGCGCAGUGAAAUGAAUACCGAGGAAUGUCCGCAAUUGGUCCACCUGUGAGUCCUGCGAAUCCCGUGUGAGUACUGUGAGUGCCCAGACGAUGGCGGUGAGCAGUUCAAUUAUGGAGACCGUCGCCAUUUUGGCCCUGCUGCUUGGCCUUUUCAUUCGAAGUGGCUACUGCAUAGACUGCUUCAAGUGCGUGUCCUACAACGGAGCGAACAAGGCCUGCGACGAUCCCUUUCACAACAACUACUCAACGGCCAUCUUGGAGUCGCCCUGCAUGGGCGGCCGGAAGGGGCGUGACGGCCUAUUUCCGGCCACCGCCUGCAUCAAGAUCGCCGGCUACUACGAUGGAACUGGCGAGACGAUAACGGUGAGGGGUUGCGCCCUGGACAGCGGCACCCUGACCACCGACACAGAGAUUAUAAGAAUGUCGCACUGCGGAAAGUUCUACUACGAUGACAAGUACGUGCACGGCUGCCUGCAGAGCUGCAGCGAUGCGGAUGCGUGCAACUCGGCCAGGAGGCAGAGUGCGAGUCCCGCUGACCUGGAGUCGCUGAUGAGGCACCUGCUCAGCCUGGUGGUGUUCCUACUGGCUGCCAGCAGGUAGCACAAUGGGCAUCUGUAAGUCAAGUAUCCGGAGCAGGAGAGGCAGGCGGAUGCAGGAGAGGAUGGCUGCAUUUAAGUCGUCUUGGAUGCGCGUGGAAUUCGUUUUCUUUUCCUUCGAAACUCUCUGUGUCUAGGAUCGCAAUCGCACCCAAAUGUAAACGCACUCGAGCAGCUGCAGCAAGGACACGCUCGGUAAAACACACACACACACACACUCUCUCUUUUACACACAAUAACAUUAUGGAAUUCAUCAAGCAAUUAUGUGAUUUUUAAGCGAAUACUUAACAACUAUCAAACAAUAAUUGAUGAACGCGAACGGAACGGAAACGGAAACUAUUUAGAUGCUAAGCAUUCGAGUGGCGAAAAUCAAAGAAAGAAACACUGCAAAACCAAAUUCAAA